AUGUCUUCAUUCACUUUCACCUCGCAGCCGCCCUUCAGCCCCAACUCUGCACCGGUAGCACUCUCCUUCCCACCCGACUGCGAGAACCGCGUCGCUGUCAUUACCUUCAACGCCCCUGAGAAGCUCAACGCGCUCGGCGGAGCCGACUACAAGGCCAUCACCGCCUGUCUCGAGUGGAUCGCCGUGCAGCCCGACAUCCUCGUCACCAUUUUCACCGGCAAGGGACGCUACUUUUCGGCCGGAGCUGAUGUCAAGGAUCCUUCGCGAAGCUUGCCCGUUGACGUCGCCAAGGCGGACCCCAACACUGCCGAGGGCAAAGCUCUGAUCGGCGACUUCUACGUGGCCAGGACGCAGAAUGGACAGGGAAAGCUGGCAGUUGCGCUAAGGAAUCAUCCCAAGAUCCUGAUCGCCGCCUUGAACGGUCCCGCAGUCGGGCUGUCAGCAGCCAUCCCGAGCCAUUGCGACCUAGUCUAUGCCUACGAUGACUUCUUCUUCUUCGUCCCCUUCAUGUCGCUCGCCCUCGUCGCUGAGGGUCUGACUUCCGUCACCUUCAUCAAGAGGAUGGGCCUCGGUCGCGCGACAGAAGCGUUGCUCGAGGGCCGAAAGAUGACAGCACCAGAACUCAAGGAGAGCGGCUUCAUCACCCGACUCUUCACCAAACCCGCUGGUUUCGAUGGCAAGGACAAGCUCGCCACCGCGCCCCUCUUCGACGACGUCCUCAAGCACGUGCAGGAGAAGUUCUUGCCGCCCAACGCAAGCCCCUUCUCGCUGCUCUACACCAAGAAGCUGCUCAACGACGCAGCGUACGCGUAUAGCGGCGUCGAUGGCGUCAACCAGGCCGAACUGAGAGGCGCGGAGAAGGUCUUCACAUCUGGCGCACCCCAACAACGCUUCGCAAGCAUUGCCGGCGGCGCACGUCACAAGCUCUAG